GAAUGCAUUUUUAACGACAACAACGACAAAUAAAAAAAUGAAUAAUAAUAAUGAACAAUCAUCAUUAUCAUAUUUACCGAUUUGUUCAUCACCGGAUAAACGUCAUCUAAGUAUUGAUAUUAAUUCAACAAUGAUCCAUACACCUGUAACAACAACUGGUAUUAAAAAAAGUGAAAGAAAAAAAUUGGAAAAAUUAAGUAAAUUUAAUUUCGAUCAACAAGCAUUAUUUUCGGCUGUUGAAAAUGAACAUUUUGAUCGUACACGUAUGAUCAUUGAAACAACUAAUGUUGAUGUGAAUAGUACGAAUUCGGAUGGUUUUACAACAUUAGAUAUUGCCACAAUGUUGUUAAAUUUACCAUUAAUUAAAUAUCUUCAAUCAUGUACUGCACGUGAAGGUGAUCUUUUUGGUAAUAGACAUAGCCGUGAAAGGCAUCUACAAUCAUUAUUAUCUGAAGCUGAACGUUGUGUAUAUGAUUUAACAGCUUGUUAUCAUCGUCAAUCAAUACAGCCAACAAUUACCGGUGGUGGUCCAUUACUACCACCACAACCAUUAUCAUCAGCUACAAUAACCGGUACCGGUAAUUUAAGUUCAGCAUUAGUCAAGGAAAAAGAACGACAAAUUAUGUUCUGGCAAAGACGUCUAAAACUAUUACAAAGGCUUAAAAAAGGAUUCGAUUUAUUACAACCACCACCACCUCCAUUAUCCGUACAUGUACAGGUAGCCGGUGCAGAAUGUCUGUUGGUAAAUUAUUAUCCACCUAUUCGAUUGCAACAAGAUCAUCGUCGUCAGAUAAUAACCAAAUAUAAAAUCGAAUGGAGUUCAAAUCAAUUCGAAACAAUAAUUGGCUGUGUUGAAAUGACAAACAUGUGUGCUAAACAUGAAUUUCUUAUCGAACGUUUAGAAUCUGAACAAUGUUAUCAGGUACGAAUUGCAUCCGGUAAUUGUAAAGGAUAUUCUGAAUAUUGUUAUCCACUUAUGAAUCAAUCUGUGCCAUCAACAUGGCGAUCGAUUGAUAAAAAACAUUCAAAAAUUGAAGAUCGUGUUCCACGUAUCGAUCAAUUAUUCGAUCAGAUUGUUGAAUGGCGACAACAGCAACAACAACGACAACAACAACGUGAUUAUGUUGAUAAAAGAAAAUCAAUCGAAUUGGAUCAAACAUCAUCAUCAUCAUCAUUGAAUGUUGGAUCCGGAAUGAUUGGUGGUAUAUCUACUUCAAGUACAGGUAGCAGUGGUGGAAUACUUGGCGGAAAUCUAGCUGCUGCCACAACUACAAUGACCACCACUAACACCGUUAGCAAUAGUCUAGGUGUUGCAACAUCUGGUUCACAGAAAAAAGUACGAAAAAGUAUUCGAAAUUUUUUCGGUUCGACUAGUAAAUUUCAAAAAACAAUGAAACGUGGUGCCAUCUAUCUAGCAUCAUUAGUAUAUAAUGGAACGGAUAAACGUGUUUUGGUUACGAAUGAAGAAGUACUUCCUAUCAUUGAAAUCGAUGAUUCAUAUCCUUCAACAUUACAGAAUGAUUUUUAUUGGCUACUGAAAAUCACCUGUUGUACAUGGGAUGAUGUAAAAAUGUUUCGAAAAGAAUUGGAAAAAUCACAACAAUCAUCAACGGUUGCACAAUUUCGAACGAAAAUUCUUCUUGCUAUUGAACAGAUGCAAAAUUCAUUGGGCAUUGUGGACCUUGGUAAAAUAUAUUAUAAACCAUUACGUGAUACCGAAGGAAGUGUUGUACUUUGUGCUAUACGUUCCGUACCUGAACCAAAAAUGAUUAGUUGUCUAUCGGUACGUUGGUUACCAUUGGCAAAACUACAGAAACGUAUAGCAACAACAACAACUAAUAUGUUUACAUCGGAACGCGUUUCAGAUUCUGGCAUUUCUGUUACAGAUAUUGGUUCACCACCACCACGUCUUGUUGGUGACAUUCUAUUCGCUACGAUUGAUGAAAUGAUGCAAUAUCAUCAGGCUUGUAAUAGUCAACUUGAUAAAGGUUUAUAUAUUGCUUAUGUAAAAUUGAAAUCAUCUGUUGAUAUGAUGUCAGUGGUAGUUGGACGUAGCCAUCCAAAUAUAUUACCAUUUGCAAAAAUACGUGAUAAUCCACAUGUAUCACGACAGGAAUGGGCAGCAUUAAAAAUGUGUCUUAAACCACGAUCAAAUAAUCAUCAACAUCAUCAUGAUAAUAACGAUGAUCAAAUAACUGGAACAUUGGAUGAAAAAGAUUCGGCCGGUGAUGAUGUGCAAACAUGGAAACGAUUAGUAACAAGUGUUAGUCAGUUACAUUUACAAUUAGUCAAUAGCAAUCAUAAUCAUCAGCAGCAGCAAUCAGAAUCGAAAGAAACAAUAUCCCGUAAAAGUAAAGAAUCACAUAUCGGUGGUGCAGGUACAUCAUGUUCGCCAAAUUUUCUUGCUGCACCAAACACAGCAUCAUCCGAUACGAUAAGCACUACGACACCAUUAUCAUCACCAAUGACACAAACUGGACCCGGUUUUGUGGAUAAUUUUUUUCAAUUAGCAUGUCAACAUCAAAAUGAACAACAAAAGCAAUCACAGGAAACGAUGGUAAAUGAAGAAAAAUUCAUCAAAACAAGAGAAGAGCAGCAACAACAACCAUCCGAAGAAGAAGAAUGUAUGAAAAAUGUACGAAUUGAAAAACCAAAUACUUUGCCGGUAAAUCGAUUGGUUACAACGAUGAAAUCAAAUCAACAAUCAUCAAUAAUUAAACCACAACGAUUAACAUUUGGUCAGAAAAUGAAUUUUCAACAAUUAACAAAAUUUUUACAGAUUUUAUCACAUACUGCUGCACAUUUUCUACAAUCAAUUGGUGUGGCCGAAGAUCAACAUCUUCAAUCACAUCGUAUCUAUACAGUUGAAAUUAUUGAAUUAGAUGGCAAUGUAUCAUUGAUCUUAUUAUUACCGCCACCAGAUGAGGUGUGUUCGGUAACACAAUCAGAUGUUGAUAUUAAUUCACGUUGUGAUGAUCUUUUAUUUUUACCAUUGAAAAUAUUUGAGUUAAUUCAUAUGAAUACAUAUCAACGAAGAUUCACUGGACAAUAUUGGCGGCUAUCAGCACUGUUAGAAUUGGAUAUUAUUGCUGCACAACAAGCACAACGAGAGGCAUUCUCAAAAAGUGAAGUAUCCGAAGCACGUGCUCGAUUGAAUCAAUUGUUGGAAUUUCAAACACAAUUAGAUGAACAUUGUCGAUCGAUGCGUUGGAUAAUGGAUGUUGUUGCAUAUGCACGUGAUCGACAGAUUAGUGCCGGCAUUACAUUGAUACAGAUUCAACAUUGUCUUAGUUCGAUUAAUAAACAAAUGUGGGAUGAUGAUUCUGAUGAUGAUCAUAUUAUCAAUGAUCAUGAUCAUCGUGAUAAUCGACGUUAUAAUUUUGGUCAAUCGACAAACAAUAGAUCAUCCAACAUCAACAAUAACAGCAACACCAUCACUAGUGGCGAUGGAAUGGCAAAUACAAAACUGGAUUUCGUUACACCGAAAAUUAAUAUUCAAAGUGAAUGUAAUUCAACACCAUCAUCACCACCAGCUGCAAUUAUACCACCAUUAUCUAUGAUGGCAGCAAUGGGACGACGUAAAAGUCGUGAUGAUUCCUAUGUUGAACAACAUCAUCGUCAGCAGAAUCAUUUUAAUAGUUUAGCACAUCAACGUUUUCAUCAUAAUUAUCAUGGUUGUCAGAAUGGUAAACAUCAUGAUGAUCAUGAUCAUGUUGUUGUUGAUGAUCCAUAUGAUGAUGAUCCAACAUUGGAUGUUGUCGUUACAAUCGAUGGACAGCCAUUACAACAAUCACCAAAUGAUGAUGAUGAUGAUAAUGAUGAUUGUAAAACACCAACAAAUCAUCAUAAUCAUAAUCAACAACAUCGAUCAUCAUCAUUACAGCCAUCAUAUUCAUCAUCAAAUCAACGAUCAAUUAUGGAUGAUAAAUGUUGUUCCGAUUAUAGUGAAUCGGGUAAUAAUUCACCUGGAUUAACUGUGAUAGAUGAAGCAAAAAUUAAUGUACGCCGUUGUCAUUCAGCAUCACGUUUACCAUCAUUAUCAUCAACAACAGCAGUAAUACCAGUGAUAACUACAGGAAUGGACGAACAAAUUGAUGGCCGACAAUCGAUUGAUUCUGGUUCAACAUCAUUAUAUUCAUCACAACCAUCAACAACAACCAAUGUUAGUGAGCUACCUACACUAGCUAUUUUAGUCAAUAGUAAUAAUAAUAAUAAAGAAAAUGAAUCACCAACGAUUAUUAUUGCAGAGCCCACCGAUGUAACCAUCAAAAUCAAUGAUAAUGAUGAUGAUGAUGAUGAUAAUGGUAAAAAGGAAACAGAACAACAAGAUAAAUUGAAUUCUGAACAGAUUUGGCUACCGAACAGAUCCGAGAUUAUUAAAGCCGAAUCGCUGGAUAAUCACUGUUUUAAUGAUAAUUUCGAAGAUAUUCUCAGUGAUUCUCAAAACCCGAAUGGAACUAAACAAGAAUCGAAAAUGGAAAAAUCAUCAUCAACAUUGAUGAAAAUAGCAGCAUCAACAACAAAAGUAAUAAGACAUCAGAUUCCGAAACGAAAAAUUCGUUCGAAAAAAAUGCGUACAUUAAUGGAACUAGGAUCGAAUAAAAUGGUUAUAGCUCGAUAUUCUAAUCAACAAUCACAUGGUUGUGGAAAGGAAAAUUCAUCAUCAUCCAACAAUUCGAAUCAUAAUAAUCGAACACGACGACGACGAAAACAAUGGAAACAUCCAUGUUGUAGUAAAUGUUGUCGACGAUUACGACGGAAACAUAACCAUAGAAAACGACGUGAAAAACAUGGUCCACAUCCUGAUAAUUAUUGUGAUAGUAAAAUAAAUAGCUGUGAAUAUAGUCAUUCAUCAUCAUCAUUAUCAUUAUCAUCAUCAUCAUCUUAUUCAAUAAAUAGUAAUAGCGAAAGUGAACCAAAUACCCAUGUUGCUGUUGAUUUUCAACCAAUCGGAUCGAACGAUUCAUCAUCAUCAUCAUCAAAAGGAAUGGUUCGAAUCGUUCAGAUAUAUGUGGAACAAGAAUCCUGUCUACCACAAGGAACAUUACUCGAUGUACAAAUUGCAUCGGGAGAUCAAGUUUUCAAUGUAAUACAAGCUAUAAUCGCAUAUUCAAUAACAUUCGAACAGCAGCAGCAACAACAACAACAAAGACGACGACCAACAACAACAUCAAUGAAAUUGUCAGAUUACCGUUUUGAAUGGCAAAAUUAUUCGUUAUUAGCUAUUUAUUCAUCGAAUGUUAAACAUUUAAAUUAUGAUUUUCAUAUCGAUCAAUUACAAUCACCAUGGGAUGAUUUGGAUGCUAAAUUAUGUUUACAUUUUAAUCUAAAAUCUCAUCAUCAUCAUCAAAUGAAAUGAAAUGAGAUGAAUGAAUGAAAUGAUUAUUUUGAGCUUAUAGAUAUAGAAUUUGUAAUUGUCUGUAUGACCAUAUAAGAAAUUUGUCAAUUUUUUCUAUGGCCUAUAUAUGUCCAUAUAUAAAAUGUGAGAUAUACUGUGUUUUUUUCUCUUCCCUCCUUUGAUUUAUCAUUUAAACAAUUUUUAUUUUUCUACAUAUAUUAUAGAAAUUAAUUUCCGAAAAAAAAGAAAUGGCCAAAUUUUCAAAAAAAUUUUUUUUUAAUUAUGUAACAUCUUUUAUGUACGGAACACAAUCUAGUGGCAAAAGAAACAAAACAAAAAAAAAAUUCAUUUACAGAAUUAAGCCACACGCAUGCAUGCAUGCAUGCAUGAAUGAAUCGCGCCAAAAGAAAUGGAUAGCCGCGCAAUUUGUUUUUUUGGCGCGGCCAAUGAUUGCAAAUGCAAAAAGAAAAGUAAAAUGAUAUAUGUGUUCAAAAUUCAACUUUGUGCCGGUGAUGGUCAUAACCGUCACUACAGUGAAUCUAUCGUGUUUUGGUUGGUCGAUAUU